AUAGAUAUAUUUAUAGACAAAAGUAAAAGCUAAUAAUGUUUACAAAAUACUAUCUUCCUUCAGCUUUCUCCAUAAAAAGCAAGUUCAGAGAAAACUGCUUCUUUCGGUUCAUCAGUUUCCCUUGUAAAACCAAACUCUUGCUUCUGUUGCAUUGAUAACUAAAGCAAAAAAAAUACUGAACUUCUCAAAUAAAGCUUUUGUAUUUAUAUGUGAAGUUCUCUUUUUUCAUCUGUACCUAUUUUCCAACCUUAGAAAGAAGUGAAGUAUGAGAGUUUUAAUGAGUGUGAGAGAGUGGAUGAAGACGAGUAAUAUGAGUAUCAAAUCAGACGGAUCGUUGCUUCAAUAUUGUGUUUAUUUUCUCUCCUUGUUUUUUCUUCUGCUCUCUCUACAUACUCCCACAUUUGCACUGAAAAAGUCUUAUGUGGUUUACUUAGGAGGACACUUGCAUGAUUCAAAUUCCUCAUCAGUUGAGUUCAACCGUGCAAGUGAUUCUCACUAUGAGUUUCUAGAAUCUUUCUUGGAAAGCUCCUCUGAUACAGCAAAAGAUUCAAUCUUUUACUCCUACACAAGACAUAUCAACGGUUUUGCUGCAAUUUUGGAAGAACAAGUAGCAGCUGAGAUAGCAAAACAUCCAAAUGUGGUGUCGGUAUUCGAGAAUAAGGGAAAGAAACUACAGACGACACGAACAUGGGGGUUCAUGGGGUUAGAAGAUGAUAAUGAAGUUAUACCAUCCAACUCAAUAUGGAACAAAGCUAGAUUUGGUGAAGAUGUCAUCAUAGCUAACCUUGAUACAGGUGUUUGGCCUGAAUCAAAAAGUUUUAGUGAUGAAGAGUUUGGACCAAUUCCAUCUAAGUGGAGAGGAAUCUGUGAAAAAGGAUCUGAUCUUGAUUUCCACUGCAACAGGAAACUAAUUGGGGCAAGGUAUUUCAACAAAGGUUACGGUUCAAGAUUAUCUACCCCACUCAACUCAUCCUUUAACACACCUCGUGACAUCGAAGGCCAUGGAUCUCAUACAUUAUCAACAGCGGGUGGAAACAUGGUACCUGGAGUAAGUAUCUUUGGUCAAGGCUAUGGAACAGCAAAGGGUGGUUCACCGAAAGCAAGAGUUGCAUCAUACAAAGUUUGUUGGCCUCCAGUUAUUGAUGGCGAGUGCUUUGAUGCCGACAUACUUGCAGCGUUUGAUAUGGCUAUCCAUGACGGUGUUGAUAUUUUGUCGGUGUCAUUGGUCGGACCUACAUUUAACUUUUUAUAUGAUAGUAUUGCUAUCGGUUCCUUCCAUGCUGCUAUGAAGGGUAUUGUUGUUGUUUGCUCUGCUGGCAAUACUGGACCUUUUGAUGCAACGAUAGGAAAUCAAGCUCCAUGGUAUAUUACAGUUGCUGCUAGCACUAUGGACAGACAGUUCCCUAGUUAUGUUGUUCUUGGUAACAAUUUAAUCUUAAAGGGGGAAAGCUUAUCAGCUACAAGAUUAGCACGCAAAUUCUACCCAAUUAUUAAAGGAACAGAUGCUAAAUUGGCAAGUGCAACAAAUGAAGAUGCUGUGCUUUGCAAGAAUGGAACUCUGGAUCCUAAAAAGGUGAAGGGUAAGAUAGUAGUGUGCCAGAAUGGACAAUAUUUCAGAUCAAAUGAAGAAGAACAGGUUCUUAAAGCUGAUGGUGCUGUGGGAAUGAUCCUUUGCAAUAAUAUGAUUAUUGACAAUGUGAUUACAGCUGCUCUUCAUGUUCUUCCUACUUCUCACAUCAGUUUCUCCGAUGGUGUACAAGUCAUUAACUACAUCAACUCUUCCAAGUCUCCAGUGGCUUAUAUUACAUAUCCAACAACAAAGCUUCAUAUUAAGCCGGCCCCUUUCAUGGCAGUAUUUUCAUCCAAAGGACCAAAUACUAUUGUGCCUGAGAUUCUGAAGCCCGAUAUCACUGCACCAGGAGUGUUAGUUAUAGCAGCCUACACUGAAGCGGAAGGGCCAACUAAUCAAGGGUUCGACUAUCACCGGGUUAAAUUUAAAGCACUCUCCGGCACUUCGAUGUCAUGCCCUCACAUUUCGGGAAUUGCAGGACUGUUGAAAACCCUGUAUCCUUCUUGGAGUCCUGCUGCUAUUAAAUCGGCUAUCAUGACCACAGCUACAACAUUUGACAACGAGGCGGAGCCGCUGCUGAAUGCAUCCUACAGCCAAGCUACACCAUUUAGCUAUGGAGCAGGACAUGUUCAACCUAACAAUGCAAUGGAUCCUGGUCUUGUUUAUGACACAACAAUAGAUGACUACUUCAACUGCUUAUGUGUUUUGGGCAUUAACGGAACUCAAAGGUCAAUGUUUUCUAAUGCAAAUCACCAUUGCCAUAAGAAUUUCAGUAUUCUCAACCUAAACUACCCUUCAAUCACUGUCCCAAAUCUCUCUGGGUCGGUGACAAUUAAAAGGACGUUAAAAAAUGUUGGCCCUCCAGCAACUUACACUGUUCAUGUUCAGAAUCCAAAUGGGAUAAAUGUGGCUGUGAAACCAAGUAUUCUGGAGUUCCAACAUGUUGGUGAAGAAAAGAAGUUUGAGGUAAGAUUGAAAGUGAAGAAAGGAAAAGGAACACAGAGUUAUGUGUUUGGGAAGAUGACUUGGUCAGAUGGAAAACAUUAUGUUAACAGUCCAUUAGUCGUGAAGAGUAUUAUUAAGUAAUUUUACUUAUAUUCUCGCAGUUUAUUGUACCUGAACUAUUAUUUGUAUAUAAUAAGUAAUAAUUAAGAAAUAGGAAGCUAUUAAGGAUUAACCUCA